AUGCGGCGCCUCCCCUCGGCCCUGCUCCUGCUGCUGCCGCCGCUACUGCUGCUGCCGAGCCCCGCGGCGCCCGCCGUCCCCGCCGCCCCGGCCCGCCCGGGCUUCCCGGCUCGGGGCUCCCGUGGCCCCGGGGGCAGCCCCGGCCGCCGCCUCGCUCCGGGGGCCGGCCAGCCCGGAGGGGCCGGGGCUUCAGGCUUUUGCAAGAGCAGGCCGCUGGACUUGGUGUUUAUCAUCGACAGUUCCCGCAGCGUCCGGCCCUUGGAGUUCACCAAAGUGAAAACCUUCGUCUCCCGGGUCAUCGACACCCUGGACAUCGGGCCGGCGGACACGCGGGUGGCCGUGGUGAACUACGCCAGCACCGUGAACAUCGAGUUCCACCUGCAGACCCACCUGGACAAGCAGUCCCUGCAGCGGGCCGUGGGCCGCAUCACGCCCCUGUCCACGGGCACCAUGUCGGGCCUGGCCAUCCAGACAGCCAUGGAGAAGGCCUUCACGGUGGAGGCGGGAGCCCGGGCGCCCGGCUCCCACAUCCCCAAGGUGGCCAUCAUCGUGACGGACGGGCGGCCCCAGGACCGGGUGAACGAGGUGGCGGCCCGGGCGCGGGCGGCGGGCAUUGAGCUGUACGCGGUGGGCGUGGACCGGGCGGACCGGGAGUCCCUCCGCAUGAUGGCCAGCGAGCCCCUGGACGAGCACGUGUUCUACGUGGAGACCUACGGGGUCAUCGAGAAGCUCUCCUCCAGGUUCCAGGAAACCUUUUGCGCAGCGGACCCAUGCAUGCUUGGCACACACGGGUGCCAGCACGUGUGUAUCAGUGACGGGAACGGCAGGCACCACUGUGAGUGCAGCCAAGGGUAUUCCUUGAAUGCCGAUAAGAAGACGUGUUCAGCCAUCGAUAAGUGUGCUCUGAACACUCAUGGUUGUGAGCACAUCUGUGUGAACGACAGAGCUGACUCUUACCACUGUGAGUGCCAUGAAGGUUACGCUUUGAAGGAAGACAGGAAAGCGUGUGCAGCUCAAGACCAAUGUGCCUCGGGGACACAUGGCUGUCAGCACAUUUGUGUGAAUGACAGAGCUGGGUCCCAUCACUGUGAAUGCUACGAAGGCUACAGCCUGAAUCAAGACAACAAAACCUGCUCAGUUCGUGACAAGUGUGCCCUGGGCUCUCACGGCUGCCAGCACAUCUGUGUGAGUGAUGGAGCCGCGUCCUACCACUGCGAUUGCCAUACCGGCUUCACCCUGAAUGAAGACAAGAAGACGUGUUCGGCCAUUCAAGAAGCUAGAAGUCUCAUCUCCACAAAAGAUGCCUGUGGGUGUGAGGCCACGCUGGCAUUCCAGAACAAGGCCGUCUCGUAUCUGCAGAGACUGAACACCAAGAAUAUCCUUUCUGGGAGCCUUUCUGCUUAA